CGCUUCUUCGGCUCCUUCGUGGCUGUUCGACUCCUUCGUGGCUGUUCGACUACGCUCCUUUGACGACUUUACCUUCCUGUCGGAUCGGAAGCUACGACAUUUUGAUCGGAAGCAACAACGGGAGCUCGCGCGCAUCUUCGGCCAAAUCCCGUAAAUCCGCCGAGCCGAGGGAUUUAGUGAAUCCCGGAUUUAUGCCGUAAAUCCUUAAAUACGGGAUUUAUCCAUUGCCGGGAUUUAACGCGCGCACAAAAACCGUUUGGCUGCAUUUAGCGUAAAUCCCACUGUAAAUCCGAUACCAAAUAGCCGGGAGGUGUUUUGUGUGGAGAAUCUUCGCUUAACUUUGGGCUCAUCUCUUUGUGUGUUAUUGACGAUGUCUUCUAUUAGGAAUGCAAUUCCGAGACGAGCACAUAAGGAACGGGCACAGCCUCAAGCAAGGAAGAAGUUUGGACUUCUUGAGAAGCACAAAGAUUAUGUGGAGAGAGCCAAGUCCUUCCAUAAGAAAGAAGAGACUCUUCGUAUACUUAGAGAGAAAGCCAUGUCCAGGAACCCAGAUGAGUUCUAUUUCAAGAUGAUUAGUUCGAGAGUGGUUGAUGGAGUACAUAGACCAAAGAGCCAAGCAAACAAGUAUAGCCACGAUGAACUAAUGUUGAUGAAGACUCAAGAUAUUGCAUAUGUCAUUCAGAAACUUCAGAGUGAGAAGAAGAAAAUUGAAAGGCUCAGGGGUGCACUUCAUGCACUGGACAACAAGCCACCAAACAAGCAUGUUUACUAUGCUGAAGAUAGGGAGGAAGCUAAAGAAAUAAGAUCAAGAUCAUUACACAUCAAUGCUUCACCUGCCCAACAUAAUUUGCCGAGGAAUAUAAGGAAGAAAACUUCUUCUUCUUACCGGGAGCUGGAAGAAAGGAGUAAAAGGGUUGAACAGCUUGAAAAGCUGUACUCUGAGAUGGCUUUACAAAAAGAACUACAGAAACCCGGUCGGAAGCGCAAGCUUCGCGACGAUGAGAUGGCUUCCCCAACAACCAGACCCGUUUAUAAAUGGCGUGCGGAGCGUAAACGCUGAUCAGCAUCUGCUACUUGGAGCUUCUUUGUUUUACAAACGCAUUUCCUCAACCAUUUUGCUUCCUGACUGCUGGUUGAGGCUUUGUUUGAGACGGUUUUUUAUUGCUUUUUAAAUCAGCUUUCUAGCAUAAAAAUUUUAAUAUUUUGUACUAAAAAGCUAUUUUAAGAAACAGGAAGAAAACGGUCCCAAACAAAGCCUGAGAUUCAUAUUGUAACACUGCUUUGCAGGGUCUGCUUCAGAUCUCUUUGUUUAGGGCUGCUGUCAAUCUUCCUCGUUUCCAGCUUUAGCUUGCAUUCAAUUUCUCCUGUAGUGAUGAACUGAAGCUGCUUAUUUAAAUAUUUCAUAAUAAAAAUUAGUUCAUGAUGUGUUCUAAAUC